AUGCAGUCCACUCAGACAGGCCAACCUUCAGCAGGCAAAGCAUACUCUUCCCGCACUCCUCUCCAGCAGCCUGGUCAGGAAGGAGAGUCAGCUGGCCCUUCCGGGAUCCGCAUUCCUACGGACGGACAGCGGGCCACCGUGCUGCCUCGCACUCCCGAGAAUCGGAACAGGCCCCGCAAUAAUGGUCCAGUCAAGCACACAUCCAUUGCAAGAAAUGAGAACUCGAGUCAGCAGUAUGGCUUCGAUGGUGUAGAGGCGGAGAAUCCUACUACAGUGCAGCGUCAAUUGGAAGAUAUACGAGAUGUGGUGCCCGCGGGAUGGGUGCAUCAGCUUGAGGUUGAGCACCUUGUGGCAUGUGGAUAUUGCCACUGGGCUGUACCAAAAAAUUCAAGUAUUGCGAGUGAUUGCGAGUGUAUGGAGAGCGACAGAGCGACAGAUGAUGGAGAGCGACAGAGCAACAGAUGA